UGGUCUAGCAAUGCAGGCCCCAACCAGAAUGUCCUCUAUGGAGCGAUUGGUAUCAACUGCGGUAUCUACUGCACUUUCCUCUAUCUAGACCAGCAAAAGCAACAAGGAUACGUCACCAACUACGCCAAGUUUGUCAACAACUUCACACUCAACCUCACUCGCUUCAAGGAAGGAUACUACUGGACCGCGCUCACAUCUUGUUUCAGUCACGUCAACUUCAUGCAUCUACUCAGCAACAUGGUGUCACUCUAUUUCAUGGGAGGCUUGUUGGUGAAUGCUUCCGUCAUCAACCCCGCGCGUUUCAUUACGAUCAUAGUUGGCUCUGGUCUAGCUGGCUCUCUAGGCUAUCUUGUCAAUCGAGCACAGAAACCUACUAAUCGCUGGGGGAUAGAUCAGCAGCGUGCGCUCGGGUUCUCUGGCUGCGUCAUGGGUAUUGGAACUGUGGCCGCCUGCAUGUUUCCCAAGACGAAGUUUCUCAUCUAUGGAAUCGUCCCGAUGCCACUGUGGGCGCUCAUGGGAGGUUACUUCCUAUACGACGGAUACUACGUGUCCAGUGAUCAAUCACGAACUGCCCAUGCUGGGCAUCUCGGUGGCCUGGUUUUCGGACUCGGGUACUAUCUGUUGGUCUUGAGGAGUGGAAGG